AUGGUACAGUGGUCCGGUGUCCUCCGUGCUGCUGCCCUCGGUGCAGCGGCACUGGUGUCGGGCGUCAAUGCCUGGAACAAGGAGUCCAUCAUAGCAGCCGGAAGACCUUCCAACUCUCUGGGCUCUGGUCAGGUACCGGGAAGGUACAUCGUCGAGCUCGAAACAGGAGCCGGACUGCACCAGCGCGACAUUCGGCGUCGUGCCGAUGCUGUUCUAUCUAGCCUGUCCGACGUUGGCCUAGAAGUCGAUGUGAAGGACGACUACUCUUCCAUAUCGACGCGCUUCAGUGGUCUGUCGAUUGAAGUCAAGAACAGCAAAGAGGGCACCCUCGACCAGCUCAAGAAGGUUGAGGGUGUUGCCGAUGCCUGGCCAGUAUAUACGGUCAAACUCAACCCAAUUGCCGAGGGCGACGGUUCCAAGCGAGCAUGGAACCCUCACAUUGUCACCCGCGUUGAUGAGCUUCACAAGCGAGGCCUCAAGGGUCAGGGUCAGCGCGUCUGUGUUGUCGAUAGCGGUGUCGAUGUUGCUCACCCGGCCUUGGCUGGCAGAAUCGUUGGCGGCAAGAACAUGCUGGAUGAUAACAACGAUGUUCAGGACUGCAUCGGUCACGGUACAUUCGUCUCAUCCGUUAUUGUUGGAGACACCAAGGAUUUCCAAGGUGUUGCGCCCCAGGCUGAGGUGUAUAUGUACAAGGUGUUCCCUUGCUCAGACAGCACCAGCAACGAUAUUAUCCUCAAGGGCAUGCUAGCUGCUGAUGCAGACAAUUGCGAUAUUAUAUCACUGUCUCUAGGUAGCGACAGCGGGUAUCAUGGCUCUGUAUUAUCCACGGUCGCAAGCAGCAUUGCGCAAGACCGCCUCGUCGUUGUUGCCGCUGGAAACUCUGGAGAGCAGGGCAUCUUCUACGCCAGCUCCCCAGCCUCAGGCCGCGGCGUCCUCUCCGUAGCAUCUGUGAACGCAAGGCAGGUUCUGCGCUGGCCGGCUACCGUACGGUCUUCGAGCGGACAAGACUUGGCCAUCAGCUACAUCACGCGUGACGGGACCAAGCUGAAUGAGACUGUCAAUGCUCCCAUCACACUCGACGCGGGAGAUGCCUGCAAUCCCGAGUCCUAUGGUGACGAGUCCCAGGCACUUGUCAUCCAACGUGGAGUCUGUAUGUGGGCCAAGGCAUACAAUACCCUGAUGUACAACGGCUUCGGUUACUAUCUCAUCUUUGACUCGUACAAUCAAGGAGUGUUUUACCCGUCAGAUGCCCUCAACUCCAAUCCUUCUAUCCACCUCUUCGGACUCACUGCCGCUUCCGUCGGCACCUGGGUCAAGGAAGAGACUGCUGCGGGCCAUAACCUGACCCUCGUCAUCAAACCAGACGACGACCCUGCGGCAUCUGACCCAGCCAAUACGUUCAACGACUUCCCUGGCGCAGGGCAGGUCUCCUACUUUUCCUCGUGGGGUCCUACCUUUGAGAACGACUUCAGCCCCAAGAUUGCAGCUCCUGGUGGCCUUGUAUACGGAGCUCACCCUGACAACAGCUACGUCGUGCAAUCGGGAACUUCCUUCUCAACUCCCUACGUUGCAGGUGUGGCUGCCCUAUUCUACGCCCAUGUCAGGAAGGACAGCAAAGAGUUUACGCGCAGAAUCUCCGCCACUGCCGCGACUCUUCCAGCAUGGAACGAGGCAGAAAAGUCGGUGCAAGCCGAUAUCGCGCCUCUCGCACAGCAGGGCUCGGGUCUCGUUGACGCAGUCAAGGUCGUGGAUUAUCAGACUAUCCUCUUGUCUGAUUCCCACAUCUCACUCAAUGAUACCGACAACCGGAUAUCCACACACAAAAUUCGUUUAACCAACACGGGCUCUUCUCAGGUCACGUACAAAAUAACACAUGUCGCUGCAGCCAGUGUGAAGUCCAGAGAUGAAUACCUGUACCCUUAUACGUACAUGCCUCCUCUUACUACCGCUUCUGGCUCCAUCAAUGCGCCUGAUAGCAUCACCAUUGCUCCUGGCUCUACGCAAGAGGUUGAAGUCACUUUCAACAAGCCCGCCAACGACCAGGCGAACAGCGGUACCGUCUGGAGCGGCAAGGUCGUGUUCGAGGGCACCAAUGGCGAAUUCGUCUCCGUCCCCUACAUGGGCGUCGAGGUUUCCACCUACAAUUGGACACCUCUGGAGGGCUCUCCUCUCUUCUUCCGCUACGACUCCGGGUCUGGAUACCUGUACCCCAUCGACUGGCAGAGUCAGCCUUACAAGCUGGCUGAAUCUGACUCACCUGAAGUCUACUAUGCCCUUCGUUACGGCACCUACGAGUUCUCAUUUGAUCUGGUGGGCCCUGACUGGAAGGUUGAAGAUUUCUCGUACCCUCUGACCUCUGGAGCCGGGUCUGCCCAAUGGCAUGGCAGCUUGCGAUCGGCACCCGAUGUUUUUGGCUCUUACGUCGAGUUCCCUGCCAGGUUCCCCCUUCGAUUCAGUAAUGUCGGUUUCACCAGGUUCCAGAGCUUCGCCAAUGGGACCGCGGUCAGGACUGGCCGAUAUAAGAUUUUGGCUCGAGCUCUCCGCAUGUUUGGUGAUGCCAGAAACCCGAAGGACUGGCAGUUCACCCUGUCCGACGCCUUCACUGUCCAGCUCGGAGAUGAGACUCUCCCUUCCACGCCCAUCAGCUCGACCACGGCAAUCUCAACUCCGGUCUCUACAGCCACUCCAACCUCCCAGAGCAUGUCUACAACGUCCUCCCAGGUCAUCGUGACACCCUCGAGCAGCGCCAUCGCAUCCACGACAGCCGUUCCAGGGAUCACGACUACCCUGCGGGCCAUUGCCACCCCAACAGGAGUGCCCAACGCCAUUGUCGACGUCUCCGUUGCCAAGCAGGGCUCUUCCACCAACCAGAUCAACGACCCGGGCGUUUGGCUGGAGCUGCACGUUCACAUUGAGAUCCCUUACCGUCUGGCGCUCGACAGUUCCGUCUCUUUUGCUCUCCCUCCCCAGAUUGUGGACGUGGCCACGAGCAAUUACGUGAUGGAUCAGUCCUCCAACUUGGUGGGAUCUGCCAGCUUUGACAAGAGCACCAGCCUCUAUACCAUCAAUUUUGGCGAGUACGUGACAUGGCACAGCCAGUUUGUAGGAGACUUUUACCUCUUCUGUCGAUUCAGCGAGGACUAUCGACCGCAGAUGCAGGCAGGCACCUAUUACCUCGAGGUUCUCACUGUGGGAAAAUCCAUCUACACCCCGCUUAUCUACACUGCUGUUGAUCGCACGCGCGUGUACGAGCACAUGGCCGUCAAGAAGGUUGACAACAUUGACGCGUUCGAAUUCAAGGUCGAGGUGCCUGGUCAGCUAGGUCCUUGGAAUUCGGUCACUUUCACGUCCGUGUACAACGAAAAUGACGGUUUCCUCUGCACCGAGACCACUGUGGCUGUUGGUACCGAGUUCAACGCCCUCAACCAAGUCUCAAAGUCGAGGGAUAUCACGGCAGCAUCUGUGAAGCGAUGCGAGGUCAAGAAUUACAGGGCCAUUGUCACCGAACCCAUCGCAGCAGGAGAGGCUCUCGUUUUCAACAUUGCCACUCUCAUGGGUGUACGAGACAACUGGUCAAUCACCAUGACUUAUGGCCUCGCCAUUGAGCUGAAGAAUGGGACCACAAUCGGAUGGAACUCUCGCUCGAUGACAUAUGAGAAGAAUUCUCGGAGCCGCCCGGACAACUGGAUUAGCGCCGUGGUUGAUAGAGAUGGUCCCGUAGGCCCCAUCAUCUCGACGACCAGUCUGAUUCCUACAACCUCUACCCCGGUGUCCACGCCAGCAUCAACUCCGGUAAGCAGCAGCACCGCGGUCACACCGACAAGCACUCCAGGUUCCUCCACACAAUUGUCGUCGUCUACACCUCAGUCAAGUAUUGUCAGCUCUGGCACUCCCAUCAGAUCAUCUAGCUCAACGGUUGAAACAUCAACCCCGGUCUCUCAUACUACACCAGUGUCCAGUACGGCCGUUUCGUCCACAACGCCUGACUCUAGCACAAUCAUAUCUUCAACCACACCAGUCUCUUCUGGCACACCCGUUUCAUCGUCUGCACCUGAAUCCUCUACGCCUGUGUCGUCCACCGCUCUUGUCUCUUCUACAACCCCUGUCUCUUCUACAGAGGGUUCCUCGUCAGCUAUCUCCACCUCGCAGACCACGCCUGGCUCUUUCACUACCCCCAUUUCUUCACUUGUUUCGUCAUCGACCAUUACUAGCUCUCAGACAACACCUGUCUCUUCGAGUACUCCCAUCUCUUCGACAAGUGUUGGCUCUUCUGCAACAGACGCUUCAGUUUCCUCGCAGACGACACCUGGCACAGCAAUCUCAUCUGCUUCUGUGACUACUCACGGCUCUACAGCAUCUUCGUCAAGAAUCUCUGCAUCUGACUCUUCUUCUUCAGGAGACAUCUCAAGCCCCUCUUCUACUUUGUCUGGCACAACAGCCCCUACUUCUGCAUCCAACGUCGCCACUUCAUCUUCGACUCGCGGACCUGUCAGCCAGUCUGGCCAGCCUCAGUCUUCAGGUGGCAGCUCCCAUGCAAUCACCGGGCCCUCUACGGUGACCACCACAUCUGCCAACCAGGGUCCUGCUGCCACCGAGACACAAACCGUCACUGUCAUCACUUCGGUGUGCUCAGACCCGAGCUGGACAGCCCCCGUCACGGUCACAAUCACUGUGCCCUGCGCCACCAGCGGGCAGACCGAAGUCACAACCGUCACAUCUGUCUGCACGCGGUGCGCUGCCCACCCCGUCACCGUGACUUACACGCAGCCUGCCGCUCAGCCCACUUCAACCAAGGCCGAUGGCUUCCGUGUUCCCACCUCAGCGUCCCAGGCACGCAACUUGAUUCCACAAGUCACCAUUUCGGGAGGUCCAAGCAACUCUGCCCGCCCCAGUAGCGCCUUUUCCACCUUGAUUUCCAUCAGCUCAGCGAAGGCCUCGGAGGCAGCCGGACAAGGGAACGGCGACAAGUCCAGCCAGAGUUCUCAACUUAGUGAGGCUUUAGGCGAUAGCAGAACUACUCAGCCAGCACCUGCCCAGAACACGGCCACAUCCGUUGCGUCGGGCAUUCCAUCGACCGUCGCGACUUCAGCACCUGUCUCGGCAGCUGCUCAUAUGUCGAUGCGGUAUCUGGUAGCCAGCAUUAUCGCAGGUUUUGCAACCUGGGCAUUGGUUAUAUAA